AUGCUGCAGAACCCGGUUCUUUUUCUUGCUGUAUCUGGAGGCAUGGGUAGCAGGAAACUAAGACGAGUGGGUUUAUCACAAGAGCUGUGUGACCGUCUGAACAGACAUCAGAUCGUUACCUGUCAGGACUUUCUAUGCCUUUCCCCGCUGGAGCUUAUGAAGAUGACUGGCCUUAGUUAUCAAGGUGUCCAUGAACUUCUGUGUGUGGUUAGCAGGGCCUGUGCACCACAGAUGCAAACGGCUUAUGAGAUAAAGACACAGAGGUGUGCUGCUCACUCAUCGGCAUUUUUGUCUACGACCCUGCCUGCUCUGGACGAAGCCCUGCAUGGUGGUGUAGCUUGUGGAUCCCUCACAGAGAUUACAGGUCCGCCAGGUUGUGGAAAAACUCAGUUUUGUAUAAUGAUGAGCAUUUUGGCUACAUUACCUACCAACAUGGGAGGAUUAGAAGGAGCUGUUGUGUACAUUGACACAGAGUCAGCAUUUAGUGCUGAAAGACUAGUUGAGAUAGCAGAAUCUCGUUUUCCCAGAUAUUUUGACACUGAAGAAAAAUUACUUUUGACAAGCAGUAAAGUUCAUCUUUACCGGGAACUCAGCUGUGAUGAAGUUCUACAAAGGAUUGAAUCCUUAGAAGAAGAAAUUAUUUCAAAAGGAGUUAAACUUGUGAUUAUUGACUCUGUUGCUUCUGUGGUAAGAAAGGAGUUUGAUACACAACUUCAGGGCAACAUGAGAGAAAGGAACAAGUUCUUGGCAAGGGAAGCAGCCUCUUUGAAGUAUUUGGCUGAGGAAUUUUCAAUCCCAGUUAUCUUGACGAAUCAGAUUACAACCCAUCUGAGCGGAGCCCUAGCUUCUCAGGCAGACCUGGUGUCUCCAGCUGAUGAUUUGUCCCUGUCUGAAGGCACUUCUAGAUCUAGCUGUUUGACAGCUGCGCUAGGAAACACCUGGAGUCACAGUGUGAACACCCGGCUGAUUCUCCAGUACCUCGGUUCAGAGAGAAGACAGAUUCUCAUUGCCAAGUCCCCUCUGGCACCCUUCACCGCCUUUGUCUACACCAUCGAGAAGGAAGGCUUGGUUCUUCAAGGUGAGGGGACUGAGUGCCAGAAAGGUGAAGUGAUGCUCACUGCCUCAGAAUUGGACCAACAGAGGCCAUAGGGACACUAUGACCUUUGUCUCGAGCUGAUGGGGGCGUGAUUUGUGAAAUGAAACAGGACCGGGCUGCUUGGAAGAAGGAAACGGAAGCCAACAUAAUGGGGAUUAAUUAGUUGAUUGCUGUUGAGAUGGUAACAGAUUUGCCCCCCCACCCCUUUACCAUUGAGCCAGCCAUCUCAGACCUAGCAGGGAAGGUGAAGAUGAAGAGGCCUUUGUUCAGGUCUCUAGAUGCUUGGGGCUGAAGGCUUUGCCGCCAUGGGAUGGCAACAGCCAUAAUAAUAAUAAUUUGCACUUAUAUAGCACCUUUCAACCAGGCACCUCAAAGCGGUUUAACCACAUUAAUUAAUUAAAGCCCACAAUCCCCCUGGGGAGAGGAGGAGGAAGACUAACAGGAUUUGUAAUUACAGGAGGGAACAUUUCCGAAUAAAGUAUU